CCGAGCCCUCGUGUAGCUAGCUAGACAGUGUAAACUUUGCUGCCUGUUAGGCUGUGAAAUCCUGUAGCUUUAUAUUCUAAACAAUGGCUGAUACAGUGAACUGGAUCCAAGCAGUACAUCAACAGGAAAGAGAGGCCCAAAUCACAAAGUCCUCAACUUCAACCUGGCCUACAUCAGGACUUGGCUUCACUCCAGCAGCUGCAGCUGGUAUCACUCAAUCAUUAAGAUCAACCACUCCAUGCACUCUAGCUACUAUUGAUGAAGAGUUUGAGGACUCUCCUCUUACUAAAGCUGAAGCAUCACUGUUCACGAAGAUACUACGGAAGAAACUCGUUGAUAUUUAUAGUGAAGUCCAUGUGGUCCAAAAUGAUCCAUCUUCUCCUCUUUACUCAGCAACAACAUUUGAGGAGCUAAACCUGCACCCUAACCUCUUGAAAGGUAUUUAUAGUAUGAAAUUCAGCAAGCCAUCAAAGAUACAAGAAAAGGCUUUACCACUUCUACUAGCUGACCCUCCUCAGAAUUUAAUUGCUCAAAGUCAAAGUGGGACUGGAAAGACAGCUGCUUUUGUCUUGGCAAUGCUAACCAGAGUGGAUGCAUCUAAGCCUUACCCUCAAAUACUUUGCCUCUCUCCUACAUUUGAUCUAGCACAGCAGACUGGCAAGGUCCUGCAGCAAAUGGCA